CAAACCCCCACCCACCCAUCGCCACCCUACACUACUACUUCCUAAUAGCUAGCUAGCAAUCUAGCCAUGGCGAAGAAUUUCGCGGUUUUUAUCAUGGUCUUAGUUCUUGGGACUGGAAUGUUGGAAAGCUCGAGGGCAUUAAAUUUGUGUGGCAUGGACGAGGACGGUCUGCUGGCGUGCAAACCAUCGGUGACGAAGCCAGACCCGGUUGACCCUUCGCCGGAGUGUUGCCAGGCUCUUAAAGGAGCUGACUUGACGUGCUUCUGCUCUUACAAGAAUUCGAUGACGCUUCCUGCUCUUGGGAUUGAUCCUGAUCUUGCCAUGGCCCUUCCGGCCAAGUGCAACCUCACCACUCCUCCCGGCUGCUAAGGCUGGCACACAAUGCUCUGUGGACAACACCUGUGCUCUGGGCACUUAAUAAGGCAGAGUUUUAAUGUAUUGAUUAUGGGAAGUUGUAUAAAACUUCCAGUUGUGUUGGAUGUGUUCUUGUUGAAUGAAAUGUGUGAUAAAAUGGCUUUAAAAUUGAAAUGCCAAAAGCAUUCAAGCCCUUAAUUAUUGUGCUAUACUUCCAAAUUCGAGUAAUCAAAGGCAGCUUUAACUAAGAGGGUUAUAGCCAACCUACUCUACGACUUAUGGGUCAUAGGUGAGGCAUACCCUUCCAUCCCCCUUGUGAAAUUAGUAAACAUGAGCGUUUAUA